AUGCGAACUCAGAUUCGUUUGGAACAAACGCCACAACAGCUUGCAACAAUGGAAAAUGGAAGUCUGCGUUCGUUUGGAAUAGGCGCCGCAACAGCUUGCAACAAUGGAAGUCUGCGUAUUGGGCCAAUGUGCGUCUACGUUUGUAUGACGGUUUUUGUGCGAGAGGCAAUGGACAGUGUAUCAGUUGUCAUUCAUUACAUUUUGUAUGCUGAGAAUUAA